AUGGCUUCCUCUUCCACAGCCAGGCAAAUUCAAACUCAACCAGAAAACGCUUUUGAUGAGCUUGCACCUUAUUCUGCAUCUAAAUCUACAGUGCCUUGGGACAUAUUCAUAAAUCAUCGUGGAUCUGAUGUGAAACACACAUUAGCCACUACCAUCCAUCAUAAACUUCAUUCCAUGGGAUUGCAUGUUUUUCUAGAUGUUGAUGCCCUUGAGGUUGGUGAUUCUAUUCCAGCAGAGAUCCAACAUGCCAUAACUAGUGCUACCCUUCACAUAGCAAUUUUUUCUCCCAACUAUGCUCAAUCCCCAUGGUGUUUGGCUGAGCUAUCUUUCAUGCUCAAAACUGGUUCAAAAAUCAUUCCCAUUUUCUAUCAUGUUGAUCCCUCUGAUCUCAGAUAUGUUGAUCAAGGGAAAGGAAAAUACGCCCAUGCGUUUUCAGAGCAUGAAAGGAAGGGCAGAUACACACCCGAAAAGCUUGACGACUGGAAACGGGCACUCCACAACACUUCAUUCUUAUCCGGCUACCUGGUCAGCAAUAAUGAGGAUGAGGCCACAGUUUUGAAGCAUAUUGUGAAUUGUACAUUCCAAAUCAUGAAAAAAGUUCCGUUAUGGGUAGCUGAGCAUCCAGUUGGAUUGGAUGAGCUUGUACAAGGCUUCAAUUUAGUUGCAAGGGAAGAGAAAGUAAAACUCACGGGGAUUGUGGGCAUUGGGGGCAGUGGUAAAACCACAUUAGCCAAGGAAUUGUUCAACAGGAAAUUUUCCUCCUUUGAGAGAUGCAGUUUUGUUUUUGACGUGCGUGAUGCAGCAUCCAAAAAUGCUCUGGCUGACAAGCAGAAAAAGCUUCUGGCUGACCUCAGGCUCCAUGAUUUGCCAUUCGACAGUGUAGAUGAAGGCAAGGUCGUUCUCUCAAAUCGUUUGAGCUCUCAUCGAAAGCUCAUCGUUUUGGAUGACGUGGAUCACAUCGAUCAGUUGAAUGCUCUAUUGCCAAAUAAAGACAACCUUGGAUCCCAAAGUAUGGUUAUUGUCACUACCCGAGAACUGGGUGUACUUAUAUCAUGGGGCCUUUCCUGUAUUUAUAACAUGCCAGGACUUGACAAGCCACAUGCCGAGCAGCUAUUCUGCUGGCACGCUUUCUUGCAACCCUCACCACCUGCUGAAUUUAAAACUCUGGUUGAAGACUUCUUAAAGGCUUGCAAUGGUUUGCCUCUGUCACUGAAGGUAUUUGGGGCACAGUUAUAUGGCAGAAGGUCCAAGGAUUAUUGGAAAUCCCAAUUACAUAAAAUCUUAAGAAUAUUGCCUGGCGAAAUCAAACAAAGGCUGCAAGUUAGCUAUGAUGCCCUCGAUGAAGAAGAGAAAGAGAUGUUCUUGGAUGUAGCUUGUUUUCUAAUCGGAGAAAAGAAAAGUACGGCUAUUGCAGUGUGGGAUGGAUCGGGUUGGAGCGGUCUGUAUGGGUUGGAAACACUCGUGAACAAGUGUCUGUUGGAGCUGGUCGAGGGGGACGAACGAAUCAGGAUGCAUGAUCAGCUUAGGGAUAUGGGAAGAGAGAUUGCAACCAUACACUCACCUUGCCGCCUUUGGUCUCCACAGCAGAUCAAUAAUAUGAAGAAAAGUUCCACGAAAAUAAAACUGAUUCGAGGGAUAAAACCAGCGGAUGCCUUUGUCGCGUUCAAAGAGUACACGCAACAGGUAGCUGGAAGCUCAAGCAGGGUAUCUAAACACCCUAGAUUCUCAAAUGCGUUAGAAAUUCUUUCUGUGAAUGGAAAUGAGUUUACGGAAGAAUUUGCAUCAUUAUCAGAAGAACUUGUGUGGCUUCGCUGGGAAGGUUUUCCUCUUAAAAAUCUUCCAUCAUGGCUCAUAUUAAAAAAAUUAAGUGUUUUAGAGCUUCAUGCAGCUGAUAAUUUGGAAGAAUUGUGGCAGGACAAUGCGUGUCCUCCUUUGCAAUUGAGAGAGCUUAUUAUAGAGGGUUACCAGAAACUGCAAUGGCUUCCAAGCUCGAUAGGACGUCUUCAGUCUCUCAAAAGGCUUGUCAUUCAGUAUCGUGGUAGCAGUUUGCCAAAAGAGUUCUGUAAGAUCCAAUCACUGGAGUAUUUGCGAUUACAGUCUCGACUGCUAUCUUCAUUACCUGAUGGGUUUGGCAAUUUAAUAAGCUUGCGAAGUAUGGAUCUGGAUUCUUGCAGUCAGUUGACCUUGUUGCCUGAUUCUUUGAGUCAGCUGAUAAACCUGGAAGCUCUAAAUUUAUUUGGAUGUGAAAUAUUGUCUUCACUACCUCUUGGUUUUGGCAAUUUAAUAAGCUUGAAGAAACUAAAUUUAACUAUUUGCAGACAGUUGAGCACGUUGCCAGAUUCUUUCUGUCAGCUUAUGCAUCUGGAAGUUCUAGUUUUAGUAGGCUGUGAAAUGCUAUCUUCACUGCCUGCUGGAUUUGGCAAUUUAGUAGCCUUGCGCAAAAUAGACCUGGAUUCAUGCAUCGAGUUGAGAACAUUGCCAGAUACAUUUAAGCAGCUGAUACAACUUGAGGACCUGAAUUUAUCAGGUUGUGCAAAGCUUAAAUUGAGAUCAGAUAUCCUGGAAAACAUCAGGAAGCUCAAGGUUUUGAACCUUAGCUAUUGUGAGGAAUUGGAAGAAUUGCCUCAUCAAAUCAUGAAUCAGACGUCUUUGACCAAGUUAUAUCUAGAUGGUUGUAUCAAGUUAAGAGGUGUACCAACUAACAUGGCUGAACUGGCCAAGUUAAGUUUUCUUACAAUUGAGACUCAAAUGUGGAAAAGCUUGCAAACUUCUCUUGUAAACUCAUCCUCUUUGAAGACUAUUCAAAUUUUAAGCUCGGAAAGUAAAAUGGCUUCUGAUACCGAGGCCGAGGAAUCAGACACUGAAGACUGCAAACAAUUCUCCAGGAUAUCAAUUUCUGAUGAUCGUUUUCCGAACCUUGAAAAUUUCGAGGUUGAGAUGAACCAACACUUAAUGGAGAUAGAGAUGCUGCCAGUGUCGCUCAAAAUUCUAAAAAUUGACUCUUGCGAUAUGGUGAAGAGUAUCAACUGUCUUAGUAGUCUCGUAAACCUUGAGGAACUUCAAAUAUGUGACUGUUCGCAGAUAGAACUACUCUCAAGCUUUGCUGAUUCGGCUUUCCUAACUAAAUUUGUACUGAGGAAUUGCCCCCGAGUUGAAAAAAUAGAAGGUUUGGAGCACUCCAAGUCAUUGAGGAUACUGAUGAUAGAGACCAGCUGGAAGGUGCCAGGAAUGCAGAGUUUGGAGAAAGUGGAACGAUUGGAAACACUAGAGCUUAUAUGUGACACCAUGUUAGCUCUGAAACCUUGUAUUCAGUCUAUAAAGGUGAAGGAACGUCCAAGGUAUAUACGGAUAGAAGGCAGCGUGAUCCGUGUGGUGAAGCCAAUUGUAAACUCUUUAGAGUUCCCUGAUCUUGCAUUCAGGGAGGUGGAGGAGCCGGCCGAUGUAGACAAGUUUCCAGAUGCGUGCGAUUCAGAUGCAUUUUUGUGUUAUGUGGAGGAAAAGGAGGCGAAUGACGUGGAGAGAAAAAUGGUGCAUAUAUUCAUGGUAAAUACAUAUUCAUACAGAUAUCGGAAGAACUUCGCCAAAAGUUUCUUCCUUGAGAAAUGCAACAUACAUGGCAACUUUCAAGGAAAGGAAGGAAUGGUUGUUAAGGGCAAAGGAGAAAGAGUCGUGGAGGCCUUCUACCAGUUAUUGGAAAAUCUGGAAUAG